AUGGUUAAAUUUUCACUAAAAGAUAGUGAUGUCUACUAUUUAUCACUUUCGGAGCAACCAAAAAGAUUUGACGCUGACAGUCCUGUUACAAAUGUGUUUUUUGAUGAUACAAAUGGACAAGUAUUUACAGUUAGAUCCGGUGGGGUCACUGGUGUCACUGUUAAUAGUAUGGAUGAAUCAAAAUGCACAUCCUUUCGAAUGGAGGAUAAAGGUCCAAUUAUUUCAAUAAAAUUUUCUUUAGACCAGAAAGUGUUGGCAAUACAACGCAACCAUGAUGGUCAGACUGCAAUUGUGGAGUUUGUAAACUUUAAAGACCUAACACCUACUAACAUAGAAUACUCACACACAUGUAAGUGGAAGAGUGCUAGGAUUCUAGGGUUUGUUUGGCCAAAAGCAAAUGAGAUUGCCUUUAUAACUGAUCAUGGAAUAGAGUUGCUGCAAGUACUGCCAGAAAAGAAACAAUUGAAAACAUUGAAGAGUGUAUCAUUCAGUGGUGCUUGGUUUUCCUGGUGUUCAAGAAGCAACAUCGUAGUACUGGCUAGUAACAAUGGAGCGCUCCUCCAGCCUUUCUUUUUCAACAAUUCCACAAUCAUCAAACUGCAAAAGUUGGAGUUGGAUUCGUCUAGACCAGUUGGGGAGCGAGAUGUAUUCAUCCUUCAGCUUUGCGAUGCAACUUGGUGUGCUAUAUUCAGACAUGGUAUCACGGCCAAUAUCUCAGCACCUGGACCCACAGAAAUUUGGCUAAUGCCAAUUUCAGGCGCCAACGGCGUGCAACAUACUCACAUAUUGAAAACUGGGCUCAUUGGAAGGUUUGCGCUCAGUGUUGUUGAUGAUCUGGUAGCGGUUCAUCAUCAGUCAAGUCAAACAUCACAGCUCUUUGACAUAAUGGAGGAGUUGAAGGUGGACAACAACACGAUGGUCCAUCUACCGAUUGUCCCAGGACACUCGAUCAAACCCGCGGUGGUUGAUGAUCAAUUCUGUCCCAUGUACUCUGGCAAUUGGGUGGUGUUCCAACCAGACUACAUUAUCGAUGCGAGGCUUGGCUGCCUUUGGCGAGUGAAUCUCAUACCAGAGGGUCUAGCGCAUUCUGUUCAAAAGGACGAUAUUCCAAAGAUCAUUGCGGUUUUGCUCAGGCGAAAGGAUGGUGUAGAGACCAUCUAUAGGAUACUAAACCAAUUAGUGUUAGAAGUGAACACAUACUUGGUAGAGUUGACAAAAUCUUUUGAUGAAAUUAAUUCAGUUUACAGGAAGUGGGUGGAUUCGGAGGUGGCCCGGAACACGGCAGGGGUUGCGGGGGCGGGGGUUGCGGUGGAGGCGUGGCGCGGGCGCGCCGUGCUUACGCAGAGCGACGUGUGCACGCGCCUGCUGCAGCCGCACGCCGACCACGACCGCAUCGUGCAGGUAGUGAGCGCGUACGUGUGGUCGCUGUGCGCGCGCGGGCUGGCGGCGGGCGCGGGGCUGGCGGCGCUGUGCGUACGCGCGCUGGUGACGCGCGGCGCGCGCGGGCGGCUGCGCGCACUGUUGCGGCGCGGUGCGCUGGCGGACGCGCGCCCGCUUGCCUGCCAGCUGCUGUCGCUCGGCCACCUCGACCCCGCCGCCGCGCAGCUCGCGCUCGAUAUGAUGUGGCGGCUGCGAGCACGAGAGGAAAUAGUGGAAGUGCUGCUUAGCUCAAACGAGCCCAUCAGUGCAGUCGGCGCUGCGAAACAGAUGGACGAAGCCACGUGGUUGGGUUUAUCGCCACGAAAACUUUUAGAGGCAGCAAAAACUUUUGCAGAAGAAAACGGUCAACCGGGCGCCUUCGUUGCCGUCUACCAUGCAUUGUUGACCAGGAAUGAGAGAUUGAGGGGAUCGCCACACUUUCUAAAAGGUGAACAAUGCGAGAGUUACAUCGAAUAUUACAAUAAAGUAACCUCAGAACGAUAG